CUACAACUCAUAUAAUCGACCUUUUGCAGCCCCCGAGACAGACCUGUUUUAUCACCAUGUCUGGUCUUCUCGGUGCGGGCUACGAGUCCAGCGAUGAUGAAACUCCGACGGCCCAACCUACUCGGGCGCAGCCAAAGCCCGUAAACGCUGCACCAGAUGUUUCCACAGAGGUUGCGAGUGAAAUGCAGAUAAUGCUAGCGAACCCCACGAGCAAUGCACUCACCUACAAUGCCACAUACGACAACCUCUCGAGGCCAUCACAGGGCCCCGUUAACCCGUUCAAAUCCACAACGGGAAACGCACUCAAGCGCAAGAAUGUACCCACAGGUCACGCCGAAGAGACUGCCAUGUCCGAAGCCACCUUCAAAACACAGCAUCGUACCUUCCAGAGUCUUGGCUACACGAAAGAUCCCAGUUUAAAUGGGGCAUACGUAGGGAAUCAAGAUGCGGUCGCAAAAUACGGCGGAAAGGACGUUGUUCAGAUACGACACACCAAGGAUGAGAGCGCAGUUAUUCGAGCCAAGAGACAACGGAAGGGUGAUAGCAGCAUAGUGGACGGUGAAGGCGCCUACCUCGGGCCGUGGGCGAAAUACACGAGCGACGACGUGGCGUAUGAGCGAGCCGAAGCAGCCGCCGACCAGGAACUCGCAUCGGACGAGGAAUGGGUAGAAGAAGGGCUUGACCCUCUGCCGCCGCCUCCCAAGGAAGCCACGGCAUAUGCCGAAGACUCGAACGCCUCCGAAACCACAGAAUUUCAUGGUGCUUCGGAAUUCGACUACCAAGGCCGUACCUACAUGCACGUUCCUCAAGAUCUGGAUAUCGACCUGCGCAAAGAACCUGGAUCUAUACAGAACUACGCCCCGAAGAAACUCAUCCACGUGUACAAAUACCACACCAAACCCAUCACAUCCCUACGCUUUAUUCCUCAUUCUUCUCAUCUCCUACUAUCCUCUUCUGCCGACUCAAAAAUUGCCCUUUGGGACGCACACCACGACCGAACGCUAUUGCGGACAUUCUCUGGCCACAACAAAGCCGUCACAGACACCGACUUCCAUCCUUCGGGUCGCACUUUUCUUUCUGCGUCCUAUGAUCGCCAAAUGAAGCUGUGGGAUACCGAGACAGGAAAAUGCAUAUCACGCUUCACGACCGGCAAGACUCCUCACACCCUACGCUUCCAUCCGGACGGCAAUGAAUUCAUCGCCGGCAUGUCCGAUAAAAAGAUUGUCCAGUUCGAUACGAGAUCAGGUGACUUAACGCAAGAAUACGACCACCAUCUCGGACCAAUUAAUACGCUCACGUUCGUCGACGAAGGCCGGAGGUUCAUAUCCACAUCAGACGAUAAGUCUCUGAGGGCAUGGGAAUACGGCAUCCCCGUACCUAUCAAGUUCAUCGCUGAUCCCAGCAUGUAUGCUCUGGUGAGGGCCGCGCCACACCCCAGUGGGAAGUACGUUGCGUUCCAGAGCGCCGACAACCAGAUCGUCGUGUACGCGGCGGGCGACAAGUUCCGACAGAAUCGCAAAAAGGGAUUCCGCGGGCACAACACCAGUGGGUAUGCGAUCGACGUGGCCAUCUCACCCGAUGGUGGGAUUAUUGCUUCAGGAGAUACCGGCGGCUUUGUGUGCUUUUGGGAUUGGAAAACGGGCAAGAUGUGGCACAAGGUUCAGGCUGGAGGAGAGGGCACCGGCGCGGUUACCUGUGUCGCGUGGCAUGGGCAAGAAACUAGCAAAGUCGCCACGGGUGGACUGGAUGGCAUUAUUAGAUAUUGGGAUUGAGAGGAGCCAAGAAGGAUCAAAUAAGAAACAACGACUGUUCACAGUUCCUUUCGAAGAAGACAGCACGCUGGGUCUCGCUCCGCUAAGUCGACCGGACAAGGCGUCGUUGACGUGAUUAGCAUCAAUGUCACCGGCCGCGGCUUCCCGGCCUAGAGUACACUACAGGCAAAUACGAGCCGAGACCAGCGAGACUUGCUGUCAGACGGUCAAGGCUGGUCGAGUCUGGUCACCAUUCCACGGGACGAAACCAAAGGCUGAACACACCGUUUCACGAAUGAGGCGAGAGUGCCACUGAUAUGUGUGUGAUUUGGUCUACAUAAUCUUGACAGUAUUAAUACACCAUCCAAAAUG